AUGCUGGAAAUAUUACCAAAGAAAAUAGAGGUAGUAGUCACUGGGACUUUGGAUGUUCCCAUUGGUAAAAAGUUAUCUGAAUUCCAAGGGGACCUUCUUUGGGAAAUUUCCGAAUUAGAGCCUGAUUCAAUAGAUUUGGGAAAAUCAAGCCUAGCACAAGAGAAAACCCUAACCUGGUUUGCAGUUCGGAUGUCAGAACUGUACAGGAAUGUCACUGUGACUCUCAUAACCAAUAUCUAA